GAGAGGAGAGAGAGAGAGGGAGAGAGAGGAGGGACGAACGAGAGGAGAGGGAGAGCCAAAACGCCGGGACGGAAAUAAGAUAAAGAAGAAGAAGACUGAUGGUGUCAUCUGAGAGAGGGACGGACGGAGGGACGAGAGACACUGAGACAGACAGACCGACAAAGAGAGAGAGAGAGACAGGCAGGCUUUAACAUCUGUCAGCUCGGCCUGCGUUUGUGUGUGUGUGUGUGUGUGUGUGUGUGUUGGAGGGCAAUCAGCUGAUUGGACCACACAUGUUGGAGGGCGGAGCCAUGAUGGGCAAGGAUUACAUGUUGGCCAUCCUCAUAGUCAACUAUGACGACAACAUCUGGACCGACCAGAACCUGCUGCUGGAUCCGGACCUUCCCUCCGGCUGGAGAACCAUCAAAGACUCAACAGGAACCUACUACUGGCAUGUUCCCACCGGUGCCACACAAUGGCACCACCCCCGCCUCAGCGGGACGCCACAGCUGCUCGACACCCAGCAAGAGGAGGUUGGACAGCAGAGCUCCAAGAGAGAGACAGACGGACCACCUGAGGCCAGGUCUUCGUGGCACGAAGAUUAUCUCACCAACCACGACCCCAACUCCAAGUGUUUUGCGGUGAGGUCUCUGGGCUGGCUGGAGGUGGAGGAGGAGGACCUGUCUCCGGGUCGCAGCAGUCUGGCCGUCAGUAACGUCAUCCAGCAGCUGUCUCACUGCAGCAGCCCCGAGCAGAGAGACAGGACGGGGGCCUGGGGGGAGGGUCGGGAGAUGAUGCUGGUCCUGAAGAAAGACACUCUGACACUGUUGGACCCCCUAGACCACACCCCCCUUCACUGUCAGCCAAUCAUCAACAUCCGUGUCUGGGGGGUGGGCUGCAACAACGGCAGGGACAGGGACUUUGCCUUCGUGGCCGGCGAUAAGGACAGCUGUGUGCUGAAGUGUCACGUGUUUCGCUGCAACGCUCCGGCCAAAGCCAUCGCCACGGCGCUGCAUGAGAUGUGCUCCAAGAUGAUGUCGGAGAAGACGCUGAUGAGGCCGUCUCGCUCUCUGACGAUGGACAGCAUCUCACCUGAAGACCUGCCCAGACAAGUGGAGUUCCUGGAGGCAAUGCGGCAGCAGGUCCAGAAGUUUGAGGUCCAGUACAUCGGAAACCUGCCGGUGUCCAGAGCGAUGGGUAUGGAGGUGCUGAACAGAGCGAUAGAAAGCAUCAUGAACUCCACAGACCGAGAUGAGUGGGAGCCGGCCGUCAUCCACGUUACCGACAACAUCCUGUCUCUGUGGAAGGGCGAGGAAGGGGAGGAGCCUUUCUGGGAGUGUCAGGUACGUUUCCUCACCUUUCUGGGUGUCGGCCACGACAGCCACACCUUCGCUGUGAUCGUAGAUGGCGGCACGCAGGAGUUCGAGUGUCACGUGUUCUGGUGUGAACCGGACGCAGGGAUCCUGUCUGAGGCCGUCCAGGCUGCGUGUAUGGUUCAGUAUCAGAAGUGUCUGGUGGCUCAGACUCCACCUCCGAGGACCAAGUCGUGGCGUGCGAUGCCGUCAAAGAUCAAACGGGCCAACUCCAUGGACAGCGCCACCUUCCCUCCCCUCACGUCCCGUCACAAUGGCGGCAGCAGCGGCACCAUGAUGAUGCCCGGGAUCACCAAGGGCAACGGCAGCAGUAGCAACGUGAGGAAGGGGAUGAUGGCGUUCUUUGAAACUUUCCGGAACAAACAGGCCACCACCUCAUAAUGACGGGGGCGGGGCCAUCAGGGACACGUGACAGCAGAGACCGCCGAUCCUCCAGGACUCAAACGUGUUCGCCAAAACCACAAUGGCGUCUUCAGACCAACGUCUGAUUGGCUGAACUCUGUGUGCGCACGGCUCUGGUGGUCCGACCGGCUGAUUCUGCCGCCUUCACGUCACCAGCGACGACCCGGAGACCGCAGUCGCCUCGCCUCCUGUUUAUGGCGAGCCACCUGACCGCUGGUUGAACAACAUGAACCGACCAGAGCAGGAACAAUGAACAACUACUGGACUGCAGACAAGUCGCACACGAGUGAAUCCAAGACGACCGACCAGGAACGCCUCCUCACCUGCUCCGUUACCUGUCAGUCAACCACACAACAGACCAACACACCUGUGGAGGAUCAAUUUAUCCUGAAUAUUAAAAGAAAAACUGUCAUAUAAAUUAUAAUCAUAUCAUAUUACUCAGGAUCACAAUUCAAAGUUAAAAAGAAAAAGAUGUUGAAAUGACAAACUAUGAAAUGUUCAUCUGCGUUUAUCCUUUGAGCACAGCUGACUAAAUAACUUCCCGACCCUCACUGUCAUUGACCGUGAUGCGUCAGGAGGAUUCGUGUCGGGAUGUCAGAUAUGUUUCCUGAUGUGUUCGCUUCGUGUUUAGAAACGUGUUAAAGCUGCAGUAAGUGACUCUGGCCAGCAGAGGGCAGACACACAAACACAUGAGUCCUGAAACACUGAUGUAACGUUUACUGACCUCCAUGUUCAUGUCACAUGGGAUGUCAAAGUAAAAGGUCACCCUGGCUGUUCUCCUCCUCCAUUACACCUCAAUAUGGCGUCUCAGGAGAGAGUCAGCAGACUGGAUCAGCUUUUGUCUUGAAUCGUUACAGAUACAGUCAGCAUAUACCGUCCACGUUUAUAGAAGGCUCCCCGGUACUUUCUAACAUACUGCGAGUACUGCAGAUCACAUCUAACGCAGUAUUCUGGCCGACAUACAGUUCAUCUGAUUUGUCACACACCUGCUCCUCGCCGCCACCACAACAUCUGAAACUGACACAAACCUCAGCUGUGCUCUGUGCGAACAACCGCCAUCUUUGGCGUUACGGCCUUUCCCCAUAGGAUUCUCUUCAGUGUUCAGAGUUCUCUAAGUGGCGUCUCUUUCUUAAAUCGUCUCUGCUUGAUAACACAAAAGAAAAAGAGUAAAAGAUAAAUCAACAAAGCUGAGCAUGUGUUUGAUAAAGACGCGUUAAAGGAACUGUAUCUGACCUGAGAGCUCUUGAACGCCUCCUGAGCUGCUCAGUAAACGCACCGCAAAUACAUUUACUGCAAGUUUAUUUUAGAAAAAAACAGUUUGACUUGCUGUUUGCAUGUCAGGCACAAAUGCCAGCAUGGAAGGUCCUUGAAAACAUCCUGGAAAAUGAUUUCAGACGUGUAAACAUGUUCUGACAGCUUCACGGUACUGAAUGUACAGUUUGGAGGAGACGUUCACACAUAUUUAACUUGCUAUAACAUAUGUAAUGUAAACUGACAGAUAGUGAGUGCAGCUGCCUCCUGGUUGGCUCAAGCACCUGUAGGUAGAAGCUUUAGUGUGUUUAAUGUCAGUAGGAAAUCUCAGCGAGAGGUUUGAGUGUGUCCCAGAAGUCUUAGAGAAACGAACGUCUGCAGCAGGACGUGGUGAAAACCUUUUCUCUCUUCGUGUCUGUUUUUCUGCACUAAAGAUGAUGUCAUGUAUAAACAAACCAAAAACGUCAAAUAAACAAGUGAACAUGG